AAUUAUUCACCACGUCAUAUAUCCGGAAUUCACGGCCUUAACGUCCCUGUUGAUUCUUUGAGGGCCCCUGGAGAAACUGACAUCUUCCAUGGGAUAUUGUUAUCUGAAAAAUCAUUGACCGUGGAACUUUGAGUCGUUGCUAUCAUUGUGGGACAAGGUCUUUCAAGAUGGUGGGCUUAAGGAAGUUUUUCAACCCGGAAAAAGGUGUGUCUCUACGACGUCCUCGUACGAGACACCACGAAGACUCGACAGCAGACCUGGGCCACUUGAACCGUGUCGAAAGCUAUGCGCAGUCAGCUGUUCUUUCACCAAUGAGUCCCGGCUUUCCUCCUGAGCUUAGAUCACCUCGGUUGGACAUGAGCCAUCACUUUGCUGGUAUUGAGAAACAGUUUGAAGAGCUGCAUGAGCAAUUUCAGGCGCGGCCUAUGUCUGCAAUCUCUCAUUGUCCAUCCGAUACUCGCAGCGCCUUCACAGUCAGGACCACACGUCAUGUCGAUCUUGUAGAAGCAGUGUCCUCUCAUAGUCACCAGAUGAACGGCACGUCGCUGACGGAUCCAUACAACGAAAAUGUCGCCGACCGAAACAUUUUACAGCCAGGGAAAAAGAAACAGAAACGAUCUCGGUAUGCCCGGUUUAUAUCCGCUCUAUACCAUGAAGACGUGGCAGAUCGGAACAUAGCGAGCAGGGGAAGCAGUGUCUCGAACUCGGGAUCGCGCAAAAGCGGCAACUCCUCGGAGACACGGCCAACAACAAGAGCAGGGUUCCUUGGCAGAGGCCGAGUCUCCCACAUACCGACAGUUCUUCGAAGAGAGAAUAGCAGUGUGUUGGUUACUUCUCCGCAAGUGGAUCUACUGCAGAACUCUGGUUCUUUCAGUGAGAAUCCCGGCAAUCAGGAAAAAGGACCUAUACAAACUUCUACAGAAAGUCUACGAUCACAGAAAUCCGCGCCGAAUCUGUUAGCAAAAGCGCAGAAUUCCCCACGCAAUGAUGCUGGACCCGGAAAGUCAACCCUUCUGGAAGUGCCCGAAGCUUUCAAAUAUGGCAGGAAGAUGUCGAGUGUCCCCCUCCCGGAUAGUCCGACCUUACCAGAUCUCUGCUGCCAAAGGCCAGCAACUUCAUGCGUGUCAAUUGAUCCAGUUUAUUCAAACGAAAAACAUAACUCAGAAAACACGGAGCGAGUCGAGGAUUCUCGAGCAACAUCUAAAAAGAAUGUACGGGAUCUUCGGAUCAACACACAGUUAGCUUCAACCAGGAAUCCUAUGAAGAUCGAACAUCGGGCUAUACAACCACCAACACCACACCAGGACUUGGGUGUCCCAAGUCCCAGCAUCGCGCAAAUUGUGAAUAGUCCGCUUCCAGCCGCCACGCCUUCGUCUAUCUCGUCACCGCUGCCGUCCACGUAUAAUGCAGAGGAAAUCAUGGAUAUGUUCAAGCAAGCCUAUGUGUCGACGCAUGUCAAAUCACCUGUUCCUACCUUUGAGACCCUCCAAGAUGCCAUCGUUCGGGAGAUCAACUCGCAUGAGGCUUUCCGCCGUGUGCCAGUCCCUGAUAUCAUGGCCCCCCCGUUCACGCCACCUCUGACUGAGGAUGAAUUCCUCACUGAUAGCGAGCUCCAAACCCCAGUGGCGUCACAGAGAUACCCUCUCGAGAGGGAAAACCAGUUCACGAAGCUUAUCCGUAAAACAUCCCAAGGACGGAAGAGGAGAAGCAAAAGCAUAUCAUCGCUUAUACCAUCAAAGGCAUACGAUAAGCUCGUUAAGCGCCCUGAAACGAGUGGCCGGGGACGGAGGCACACGUUUGCUGAGAGACCUUCCGCUGGUCUUGCUGCUACUAUGUAUCCCGACCAGCACUUUCAUGGGGAAGCCCAGAGAGGAUCUGUCCCGUACGGAAACCUUCACCGUGGUGCGUCCGACUCGCAGGUCCCUCUGAGAUCGAUCCCGAAGGUGAACUUAGACUCAGAGGUUAAAAAUGCCUUCCGCCCAAGUUCUUCAGCAACAUCUGGCUCUCGCAACAGAGCGGACAUGCUUCAAUCAAGACCAUCUGCCAUUCGUCGUAUGUGCGCACAGGCGUCACCUCCAGAAGACGAUAAUGACAAAACAUUUUACGUCGACGAUGAUCCAGACGAUAUCAUCGAGCUUCCGCAUGUUGACGUCCGUCCCAUACAGAUCAAGAGCGUUGAUGACAAUGACGUGGCGUACUUUUUCAACGCAGUACAACCAAUAGAUCUUGAUGAACCGACAAGCAAACGAUGUUCAACUCCUCAGAGGGCUUUUCAAAAGCAGUAUAUCUCUUCGGCUUUCUCUCACAGCAGGAAGCACAUUCCUCUUCGGAGAAGUAGUCUGAACAACGGCAGUCCAGACUCGCAACGAGCAGUGCGGUGAACGCGCAUCCGGCCAAAUGAAUUACAUUUGUCGCUAUUAAAAUGUUGCAUACUCCUGAGUAGCAACAAUCCUCCUUCGUUUUAUUUUAUUCCAUUUUUCAUAUUUUACACUACGUACUUGGGACAUGGUUUCAUCUUUUUUUCAAGCCAGCUGACGGUUAUAUAUGGCGCCAUUGGUUGGUUACAGUUUCUAGAUUCUUCGGGGCGCACCCAUGCUGCAUUUCUUUUUUUUUCUUUUGUGUUCUGCACUUAUACCACACCUUAGCCUG